GCGCCCAUCAAUUUUGUCACAAUUGUAGCUUCUGCCUACACUUUUUACCUGAAUCUCCGUCAUCCACUCAUGUGUUUCAGCGAAUUGACCAGUGCAGUGUUCAGAAUGUGAAGUACAAUAUCUGGUACCCGGGCAUCUGUUACAAAAUCCAAAAACUUGUCUUAUCCUCAAUAUUGGAAUAAUGCAACGUGACUAUAGAUAAACUGAUCGAAACUGCGUUUGGAACGUUAGAAAUCAAGUCCACAGAGGACGCUACAAUGCACAACGCCCUCAAAGAUUUCUUCAUUAUGGGUAAUGCUGGGCUUUUUAAGGGCGUGCGUAUCAUUCAUAUCACACUUCCCUGAAUUUCGCACGAAGCAAGGAUGAUUUCCUCACCUCAAUCGAUUCACGAAAGAUUCGAAAAAGACAAUAAUUUCCGGAAGGAUAAAUCCCAUGUGGCACUCCUCUGGCCAAGCCCUUACACAUCCCAGCUUCCGAUUCCUUAUCCCUUCUCAACCAAGGAGGCCGUGCCUUCAUCAGUUCCUCGCUGGUCUGCAGUCUGUACUAGAAAAAGCAAGGGUUUCGUUGCCUCAUUCAGUCACGUCGUCGCCGCGCAUGAUAUCCAAUCAAUCAUCUCCCAGAAGUGAAGAUCUCAUAUAUUUCAGCUUACUCAAAAACAUAUAAUUCAAGAGGCCGGGUAUGUUUCAAGAUCCUGCGGUCAUCAUUGGCCUGAUUUAUUUCGCCUUCGAGGCUGGUGCUUCUGAUGGGCAAACCGUCGACGGAAACGUGGCAAUAAGAGGGAUCGCGGACGAUUUCACUCUGGAGACGAAUUUCGGCUUGAAGUUCACCGAAAGCGGAUGCGUCGAAGACAUGAUCUUCCCCAAGAUAAGCACGACGAAGAAUUUCCGCGUUUGCGCUUGUCAAUACUGGCUCUGUAAUUCCGGCAAAUUGGUCAAUUCUGCGGGAAACCCAGUCAUCGGCUUUGGUUUUCUGCUGGGCAUCGUCACCAUUCUGCAACAAUUAGGGACGGGCUCUUGAACCUGUAUGCUACCGUUUUCACUCACGGAUGAAUCAUGAGGCAUUUCGUGGCACCAAAGAAUCAAUUGACGCAACUGCACGAAGGCCAAUAUUUUUACGCUGAGAGCUUCGAUUUUUGCACGAACUGAACGCGACGUAAUUUUUGUAUGGGAGAAUAAAAUACAUGAGCCUCAGGAAAAAAAAGCUGAAGCUGAGAGAGAAGAAAUUAACCCGAUGAAUUUAUA